AUGUUUCCUGCAUCCCGAAAGUAUUUCUCUACACCUGGACUUACGCGACUUUCGGAGCGUUUGUUUUGUAUUGGAAAACCUACGCAAACAGCAAAGAAAACUCCGUUCUACGAUUUUCAUGUGGCGGAGAAUGCUAAACUAGUUGAUUUUUGUGGUUUUUCGCUACCGAUUGUGUACAAAGCCCAAAGUAUUAUCGACAGCCAUCGCCAUGUGAGAACAAAUUGCGGAAUUUUUGACGUUUCUCAUAUGUUGCAGACCAAAUUAUCCGGCGCAGAUCGUAUAAAAUUUAUGGAGUCAUUGACUGUGUCGGACUUACAGGGCCUCCGUAAGGGAUGUGGAACAUUGUCUGUUUUUCUGAAUGACAAUGGUGGUAUAGUGGAUGAUCUCAUAAUCACUGUCUGCAGGGAGCCCUAUCUUUACGUAGUUUCGAAUGCUGCAUGCGCUGCCAAAGUUCGGGCACACCUGACCGAGAAACAAAAGGCAUUUGUCUCCUCAGGCAAUGAGGUUAAUUUGGAGUUUCUGGAUCACGCACUGCUUGCCGUCCAGGGACCCAAAGCCAACUCAAUUAUCCGUGAGGGUAUCCAACACAAUGAUAGACCGAUAUUUGACGAUUUGUACCAUAUGGAGAGCACCGUUAUCUCUUCCCUGUUCGAGAUCCGUAUUACCCGUUGUGGUUAUACCGGUGAGGAUGGAUAUGAGAUCAGUAUUCCAAGUUCUCUGGCCUUACCAUUAGCAAGAAAACUACGCGAAUAUGGCUCAGUGAGACCAAUCGGACUUGCAGCCCGAGAUACACUGCGAUUGGAAGGUGGGAUGUGUUUAUACGGAAACGAACUGUCUGAGACGACAAGCCCGGUCGAGGCUGCGCUUACGUGGCUUAUCGGUACCCUCAUGGUAUCCAAUUGCUGUUCGUUUGUACCCAGUACAGUAUCUUUUCUCAUUUUCAGGCAAGAUUUAUUUGAAAUCCCGGUUGAUUUACCCCGUAUAGGAUCUGUCAGCUUUCGCUGCGUACACAGUUUCCUUUCAUACUAUUCUCAGUGUCAUACCUGA